CUAUUCUGUGAUAAUAGCAUGCACAGUCAGUACAGCCACAGAAUAACAACUAUCGAAAUGUUCGAUCCCAAGUAGUUUGAUUGAGUAUUUUAUAGCGUUCUAAUAGAUAUAAGUAUUAAGCUGACAACAAUUUUUCAAAAAUACCUGUCAAAAGAAUUUAUUUGUACGAAUUUCUACUGUUGCGCACGAAUUGGUACUGAAUUGAAAUGGCAGUAUUAUGUGAGGAGCCGCCAGAGUGUGACUCAUGUAGUACCAGAGUAACAAAUUAUACCCCAGAAUUUGUUAAACAACUAACCAAUGAAUUUAGCAAAUUAAAAGAUUUUCAAAUAUUUUUAAUGAAAUACAAUGAAAAUCCUGAUUUGGUUAAUGAUUUGUGUGAGAAGUGUCGAAUCACGAAAUGGCGAAACUUAAAACACACAAAUUACAAUCCAGCUAGACAACAGAACCGGACUGCAGAUAAUCUGAUGAAAAGCUUGUUUUCUUUUAAGUCCGGUUUAAUAAUUGCAGCACUGCUGGUAGGAGUCCUAUCAAAAGAGUGUUAUAAUUUUUACGCUAUUACUGGCACUAACACAAAUGGUCUCAGUGAAGAUAAAUUGAAGUCCACGAUGAUGUCACUAAAAAAUCAUUUUCCGUCGCUGCAGCAGAGCAUGAUAAAAAAACUAGGUGGCGCUUUUUCGCGGCUUCGAAGUCCUGGUGAACCAAUUGUUUUCAUGCUUUUACAUAACGACGCCAACAAACAGACUACUGACUGCUUAGCGUCCUACGCAAGUAUAUCGGCCAAACAACAUAUAUUCACCAACUCCAAAGACGGCUUGUGGUUGAAUGGGUCAGAGUGGACUAGUUAUUCUGACAUUGAUUCUGAAGACUUGCUGUACGAAAAGCUGAAUGCUCCACUUGAGAAGAACGAAGUGCUGGUGCUGGAAAACUUGCAAGACUUGCCGUGGUCUCUGGCCAAGUCGCUGCACCACCUGUGCGACUCAGAAAAUCCGAAAAUCGCUAAAGCCAUGUACAUGCUGGAACUCAGGGUAAAUAGGGACCUGCAACAGCUGUCUGAAAGUGACAAACUAGUAGCAGCCGAGCAGGCCAUGAACAUUGCAUGGCAAGAUGCACCAAACGAGUUUAGGGCGCCACUAAUCGCCCGGCUAACGUCAUUCGUAGACACCGUACAGUGGGAAUCAGACGAGGCAUGUCUUGGAGGUUCAUUCAUCAGGAUUUCACCAUGAAUAUCUUCUCUUGCUCCAAUGCAGCCUCCAUAUUAUAGACUGUCAAGUAAUUAACUUGUCUGCUGCGGCUGGGCGCAUAUAUAAUGAUAAUAUUAUUCCAUCUGAAUCUUUAUUUUUUUAUCACUAUUUUUCUACCCACACCUCGUCCAAUGGGACACAGUUUCUUUUACUCUAUUAUAUAUUAUGUUUAUAAUUGUAAUACCUAUCUAUAAUUAUUAUACUAAUGGUAUGUAUUGUUAUGUAUACUGCCUACCUAAAUUAAAUGACUUAUUAUAUUAUGCGUUAAUAAUAAAUACAAUAAUUCUAUGAAAAUUACAAGACUGUGCUUAUAAUUGAUUUUA